GUUUGAGUGUCCCCCAGAUAACCACGUGGAUUCGGAUUUAAAUGUUUACUGUGUAGUUACUGUGAUCGACUGUAAGAUCAAGAAGUGACUUCAUUUGAACGGGUUUGUAACCCGCCGCCCGACUGACUGAGACUCCGCCCAUCAGCAUCAUGUCCUCUAAGAAAGAGCCGAGCGGUGACCAGCGCUUCUCCCGGGUCCAGAAGGACCCUCGGUUCUGGGAGAUGCCCGACAUGGAGCAGAAGGUCAAGAUCGACAAGCGCUUCCAGUCCAUGUUCCAUGACGAGCGCUUCAAGCUGAAGUACACGGUGGACAAGCGCGGCCGGCCGGUCAGUCACACGUCCGCCGAGGACCUGAAGCGCUUCUACAAACUGUCCGACUCCGAGCUGUCCGACGGAGAGGAGGCGCCGCGGGGGAAGGAGGAGAAGAAGAAGAAGGGAAAGAAGACUGAGGUCAAGUCGGGCGUGGAGGAGAAACCGCCGAAAGCAGGUGGAGAGAGAGGAGAGAGAAUCAUUCAAGAAGAGGAGGACGAGGACUCUGAGGAAGAGGAUGAGGAAGAAUUCAGUGACACUGAUAAGGGAGUAGGUCUCUCGACUGAUGAUGAUGCAGACAGUGAUGGAGAAGAGGAGGAGGAUGAGGAGGACGAAGAACAGGAAGGUAGCGAGUCAGACGAAGACAGUGACAACGGUCCCGAUCUGGCCAGAGGUAAAGGAAACGUGGAGACGAGCUCUGAGGAGGAGGAUGGUGAGGUGGAUUACCUUCGUCAGGAGGAAGAGGAGAUCGAACACGACUGGGGGGAGAUGUGGAAGGACGCGCCGCGCACUGGAGAGGUCACUCGGAGGCUGGCGGUGUGUAACAUGAACUGGGAUCGGAUCAAAGCCAAAGACCUGCUGGCUCUCUUCAACUCGUUCAAACCCAGCGGAGGAGCGGUGCUGUCCGUCACGAUCUACCCGUCGGAGUUUGGGAAGGAGAGGAUCGAAUCGGAACAGACUCAGGGUCCCCUGGAACUCACCAGCCUGCCGGACAAUCCGGACGUGGACACCGAAGAACAGAGGAUCUCCAGGGAGAAGGUGCGCGAUUACCAGUUCAAGCGCCUGCGCUACUACUACGCCGUGGCGGAGUGCGACUCGCCCGAGACGGCCGCCAGGAUCUACGAGGAGUGCGACGGCUUCGAGUACGAGAGCAGCUGCUCGGCGCUGGACCUGCGGUUCAUCCCCGACAGCACGACGUUCGAGGACGAGCCCAGAGACCGAGCCACGGACGUGGACCUGUCCACCUACAAACCCAAACUCUUCACCUCCACCGCCACCACCACCGCCAAGGUGGAACUAACCUGGGACGAGACGGAUCACGACCGCAUCACCGCCCUCAGCAGGAACUUCAACAAGGACGAGCUGCUGGACAUGGACUUCAAGGCGUACCUGGCGUCCUCCAGCGAGGACGAGGACGAGGAGGAAGGGUACACGGCGGAGGACCGAACGGAUGAAGCGCCCGAGGAGGAGAAGACGACAGAUGUGAGGAAGGGGAAGAAGAAGAAGGAGGACGAGCAGAUCUCCAAAUACCGCCAGCUUCUGCAGGGCAUCCAGGACAAGGACAGGAAGGAGAAGGACAAGGCCAUGGAGAUGGAGAUCACAUGGGUGCCAGGGUUGAAGGAGAACGCGGCGAAGUUGGUGAAGAAGAAGAUGGAAGCCAAAGAAAAGCUGACGCCCUGGGAGGAGUUUCUUCAGAAGAAGAAGGAGAAGAAGAAAGAUAAAAGAAAAGACAAGAAGGGGGUCGAGGACGACGCUGACGAUGCUGAUGGUAUCAGCGAUGAUGAACUUCCUCCUGAUGUCGAUCUCAACGACCCCUUCUUCUCUGAGGAGCUGGACGGAGCCUCAGGAACGUCCCGGAAAAACAAGAAAACAAAGAAAAGUAAAAAAGGAGAAGAAGAACGAACUCCAGAGGAGGAGGCGGAGUUAGAGAAGCAGAGGGCUGAAAUGGCUCUCCUGAUGGACGAAGACGACAAGCACAAGCACUUCAACUACGAUAAGAUCGUGGAGCAUCAGAACCUGAGUAAGAAGAAGAGGAAGAAGCUGCUGAAGAGCAACACGCCGUUAGAGGAGGAUAACUUCCAGGUGGACGUGAAGGACCCGCGUUUCCAGGCCAUGUUCACAUCCCACCUGUACAACCUGGACCCGUCGGACCCGGCUUACAAGAAGACCAAGGGAACCCGGAGCAUCCUGGAGGAGAAGCAGAGGCGCCGAGAGAAGCGGGAGGAGGCGCUACAGGGUCGGAGAGCGCCGGAGGAACCCGUCCAGGGCGCCGCCGCUCCGGACGAACCCGUGGACCCGGGUCUGUCUCUGCUCAUCAAGUCUGUGAGGAACAAGACCGAGCAGUUUCUGGCCCGCAAGAAGCAGAGGACUAAAUGAAGCGAGCGCUGAUUACUGGGUCUUAAUCUCUCGGACUCACGUGAGGAGCUGAACUGGAACGUCUCAGGAUUUCUCACCUACGUGUUUUUGAAGAAGAAUUGAGGAACUUUCUGGUGUCCAAAGUUCUCUGGUUUGUUUUGUCCUGUUGUAAAACAUUAAAACAUUGAUGUUGA